AUGAGCGCCAAGAAGUGUGCUCGUGAAGAGUGUGGGAAGACCGUUUAUCCUUUAGAAGAGCUCAAGUGUUUAGAUAAGGUUUGGCACAAACAAUGUUUCAAGUGCACUGUAUGUGGAAUGACCUUGAACAUGAAGAACUAUAAAGGUUAUGAUAAAAUGCCGUACUGUGAACCACAUUACCCAAAAACAGUCGCCUCCGUGGUCACAGAUACCCCUGAAAUGCGACGGGUUGCAGAAAAUACGAAAAAUCAAAGCCAGCCAGCCGCUGCGAUGACAAAGGCCGCUGUGCAGCGAGAUUGGCAUAAAAUUCUCGUACACAAUGCAUUGAUGAAAGUGUGA